AUGCUAUCGCGAAAGACAGAGGAAAUUCAUAUUGAUGAAUAUAUCAAAAAGCUUGCACUGGACAAUUCUGUCGUCACAAGCAAAGAUGAUAAUAAUUCAUCUGUUUCCAAGGUCAAAACAACUUUACCUGUAGCUCCUCACUCUUGCAUUCCUACUCACAAUACGCCUAAUCGUGGUGGUAAGUUCUCAAAUCAAAUCUCUGGUGUAUUUUCAACUGAACAAAUGUGUGAGAACCCAUCGCAUUUACUUGAUUUUCCGGAGGUUGGAUAUCUGAAUACUGCAAACUCAUUUUCUCCAGCCACUUCUUUAGCUAAACCCUCAUGGUUAGUGAAUCUCUCUUCCCUACCACCAAUUUAUGGCGAUGCCAUUCGUGCCGCUACAACAAGUUAUGGUCUCGACAGUUCAAUAAUUUACGAGAUAUUCCGCUCGUCCAAUUUGAGCACAGAAGCAUUGUAUCAUAUUUGGUCACUUACAAGCUGCACCCAACCUGGUUGGUUUACACCGACUGAGUUAGUGACUGCCUUAGCUUUAAUCGGCCUGGCACAACGUAAGCAAUGGGAAUUCCAAUCAUGUUCUCUUUCCGAAACUAUUACUAUCCAAUCACUUUACGGACAAAUAUGUCCACCUGUCCCUAUGAUACAAAUUCCUAACUCCAGUAGGCCGUCUAAUUCUACAGAUAUGAUUUCUGGGCCGGAGGUAGUUACUCAUGGAAAUCCCCCAACUAGUUUUCGAGAUCCAGUAAUCUCAAGAUGUUCAAAGUUUCCCUUCCAACCUCCCGUCGUAGCAUUUUCUGCAUUUUCCAAUCGAUUGGAUAACGAUUCUUGUCACCAGUCUAUUCAGUCAUCUACAGAUUCUGGCACAUUAAAUAAUUCUGUUUACAAGACACCAGAUCCCUUCAUGCAUUUCGUUUCAUCAGGAACCUUAUCUAUAAAUGACCCCGAGUGGUCUGAUUUUGCUUCUUUUAAUACUUCUGUUAAGCAAUCAAAGCAUAAUAGUAAUAAUAUCCCGAAAGUCUCUACAGAAGUUGGUAUUAAUGGCCAGAAAAAGUCAGUCACGAGCUCUCACAACUCCCUAUUUGAUGAAGAGUUUGGAAAUUUUCAAACUAGUUAUUCCGUUAAUGUAUCAAAACCGACUGAAAUUCUUGAUAAGCUUCCUCAUUCGAAUUCAGUAACUACAGCGAAUAAUAAUAAUCUUUUAAAAUUACCAAUACAGAAAGGUGCUUAUAAUGAUGUACAGAAUAAAAUGAAUUCUUCAGAAUCUUUAUAUGAACAAUGGCUUCAUUGUUUGACUGAUUGCUUGAAAGUAUUCAAUGAUUCAUUGUUAGUUUUAUCUUCUCUUAAAAGUAUGGAAGAUCAAUUUGAAUUUGCAGAAAGUGAAGAAGGAUGUAAUUUCUUAUUGGAUGCCACUGAAAUUUAUUUGAUGACUAGACGAAUUAGCAUUUCAGCCAAGAACUACAAUGUAAUUGAUUCAUCUAUGCAUCAACUGUUUUCGGAUAUUGAAAAUUCAUUUCGUAAAUUAUCAUCGUAUGCUGUUGUAACUGAUCUAAAGAAUAAAAUUGGUCAGGCUUUUAAUUUUGUUUCAACAUCAGAAAAUGAAUUCGUUAUUCAAGACUUCAUUAAUUCAACCACGUCCUCAUAUUGCGGAGUUUGUCUUUCAUCGAUCAGCUUGACUAAUGACCUGUGUGUUAAUAAUCAUUGCAAUGAAUCAUCCAGUUUUUCUCAACACCAACAAACUAACUAUCAUUUAGUUUAUAUUAAUCUAGCUGGUCGUUGCUAUCAUAUAUCAUGUGCUAAUUUCUGGAUGAAUCGUAUCAAUCCAUGUUUACCCGCUCUUAAAAUCCCAUUGUAA